AUGGAGAUACAGAACAGGGUUGAUGGGGAGACGGAGCAGAGGGAGGUGAAGGAGGGAACAUGGAGAAGGAGAGGAGAGGAGGAGGGACUAGGCAGAGAAGAGAGGUAGCAGAAGUAGCCGUGUACAACGCAGCACCGAACCCAAAAGCAGCCCUCCUUCCACUGGACACGUUGUAAAACAAACCCACAUCCCCAAAGGUUGGAUACACACAGGAGAUAGAACCAACGCCGUAUCCCACGGCUACGACUACGCCCUCCUGGAGCUCAAACGGCCAAUCAAACAGAAGCACAUGAACUGGGUUUAUUGGCCGCUGCAAAGCCUCUCCCCUUGGGUCGCAUCCACUUCUCAGGGUUCGACAACGAGCCAGAGGGAGGACAAACGGAGGGAGAGAGGGAAAAGGUGGUCUAUCGCUUCUGUUCAGUGACAGAGGAGUCAGACGACCUGUUGUAUCAGCACUGUGACGCCCAGCAGGGGGCGUCAGGCGCUGGUGUAUACAUCCGCCUCAGACAGGAAGUGGAGGGGUCCAAUAAGGGGAAGUGGCAGCGGAAGGUUAUCGGGGUGUUCUCAGGGCAUCGCUGGGUAGACGGGGACGGGGGUGGGGGUGAGCAGAGGGACUAUAAUAUGGCGGUGAGGAUCACUCCACCUAAAUACGCCCAGAUCUGGCCACUGGAUCCAUGGGGAUCCCAGCAUGUGUAG